AGGUCGUUCGCGGCACUUUUACGACACUGACUUUACGUUAACAUGGCCGUCGUCGGACUUUAGCAUGGAAGUGAGGGCCACAAUGGCACCGAGGACCGGGACGUCGUCGACGGAGGAGCCGUGAAAAUGAUAUCUUGCUUCCGUAGCAGCCCCGCGCCUCUCUGCCGCAGAGCCGCGGACUGCUUGCUGCCAGUGCGCUGUACGGCCGCGUGUCGCCGGGGGGAGGCGGCGGCGUCAUGGCGGCAAAGGCGUUCAGCUGUCACCGGCCGGACUCUGGCGCAGUCCGCGGCGGGCUGGAGCGCCACAAAUUCGGCCAACCUCGGCCUCGUCGGAGCAGACGGCCGCUCGCCGUGUUGCCUCUUGCGGCGUGGCGGCGUCCAGCCGUCGGCGUGGCGGCUGUGUGGAGCAGUGCUGGUCCACCACGGAGGUCACGGCGUCAACUUCCGGUACCUGCUGGCCGCAGGAACUCGGGGUCUCUGCGGGAAGAACCACCCAGGAGCACCGGACCGACCGAGUGAAGACCCUCCGGCACCUGGACAGGGUCUAUUUAAGUUCAAAGAGCUGUACGAGAACCCAUGGACUAUCCCCAACCUGCUGUGUGUGUGUCGGAUAGUCCUGGCUCCGUUCCUGGGGAACUUCAUCAUUCAGCAACACUUCCACCUCAGCCUGGCUCUCUUCACCCUGGCUGGAGCCACUGACCUGCUGGAUGGUUACAUCGCCAGAACGUGGCCCACCCAGAAGUCGGCGUUGGGAAGCGCCCUGGACCCGCUGGCGGACAAAAUCCUCAUCAGUAUUUUAUAUGUCAGUCUCACCUAUGCAGAAAUCAUACCAGCGCUCCUGACCGCUCUCGUGGUGUUCAGAGACAUCGGUUUGAUCGCCGCCGUCUUCUGGGUCCGAUACAAGACGGUGCCGCCGCCGGUCACCCUCAGUAAGUUUUUUAACCCCUGCUACACCACGGCUCAGCUCAAGCCAACACUCUUCAGUAAGGUGAACACGGCCAUCCAGCUGCUUCUGGUCGCAGCGUCUCUGGCCGCCCCCGUCUUCCAGUACACGGACAGCGUCGCCCUGCGGUGUUUGUGGUAUGUCACCGCGGUGACCACGGCGGCGUCGGGCUACAGCUACUGGCACUACGGCCGCAAGACUGUCCGGGUGCUCAACACCAAGUCGCCAUGACGACGGCGCCCCAAGCGCAAGCGGGAAUGAACUAAAGACAAUGGUGACGCGCCUCUGUGGGGCGACGGCCAGGAGUAAGUGACACUCGGCGAGUCGCUAAAUGCGUCGCCAUGGCGAUGAGGAGCGGCUGCAGAUGUUUUUUUACAGCAGUGGACAGCUUCUAUUUUUCCAAGAGUUCUCACCACCAUGAUGAAUAAAAUAGAACACGUUUGACACAAAACUAAAUCACUGACCACUCGUCAUUGGCGCCGUCGGCGGAAGAAGCUUUAAAGGCUUUAAUUUAUUAAGAAGUCAACUCCGAAGAAAGCUCCUUAAGAUGACUGCAAUGGUCCGUUACAGUCGCAAGCCGCGCUGCCAAAGAAGCUUUCAAAGCGUGAGUCCUUACAUCCGUGACCUCGCCGAUAAACAAGCACAAAGAGCUUCCCAACGCAACUUUGGGUCCAAACUUGACUGCUUAUGAAACAAGUGAUUCAGCGGGCUUAGGAGUCCUUCUCUCACACACACACACACUCACAGGUCUUUUAUGGGCCUGAAAUAGCUCUACGCUUCCCACUCUGACUUAUAUAAGAUCCCAGCGCGGAGAUUUGAUGGUGCAGAUCUGGGAGCGCGCACGUGUGGGCAGUACGAGUGUCUCCAGUCGUGUGUGUGUGUGUGUGUGUGUCUCUCUUAACUGGGAACUAAUUAGAAAACAGGUCCCGCUGUAGUAUUUUUGCAUUUUUUCUUUUUACAACCCGUUGGGUCGACUGUCUGCCUUUAACGAGAUAACAGUAAAACAAAAAAAAAUGUAAUGGCGUCUAAGUUGAACUGUUAGCAUGUGAGCAGGCCACGCCCUGGUUCUUGCAGGUGGACCGGGGUUGUCAAACUCGUUCAUCUGCCCUCAGAGCGCCGCUUGUGCCAGUAAAUAUACAGAAUACGAAUAAUCACCCCAAAUCAUGACACCAAGGUCUAUGCAUUGAGCAGGGGUGUCAAACUCAUUUUAGUUUAUACCAAAUUGGAUACAUGGAUGAUACAGCAGAGGAUUGGGAGAAUGUCAUGUGGUCAGAUGAAACCAAAAUAGAACUUUUUGGUAUAAACUCAACUCGUCGUGUUUGGAGGAAGAAGAAUACUGAGUUGCAUCCCAAGAACACCACACCUACUGUGAAGCAUGGGAGUGGAAACAUCAUGCUUUGGGGCUGUUUUUCUGCUAAGGGGACAGGACGAUUGAUCCGUGUUAAGGAAAGAAUGAAUGGGGCAUGUAUCGUGAGAUUUUGAGCCAAAACUUUCUUCCAUCAGUGAGAGCUUUGAAUUGUUGGUCAAAUACUUAUUUUCCACCAUAAUUUACAAAUAAAUUCUUUAAAAUUCCUACAA